AUGGGAAAAGUAAAGACGCAGAGAAAACGACUUCAUGAACAAAUUUCUGACGAACAACAUGCUCAACCGAGCAGUCGUGUACGGAAAGAAAAGAAAAGAACAGAAGAAGAUGUGUUUGUUGAUGAAAAACUGUCAAAAAAGAUCUUAGCUCAGGCACGCAGACAAGGAGAGGAUUUAGAAAGAGAACACGACGGAAUAGAGCAUGGUUCACGGAAAAAAACACCAAAGGGAAGGCCACUGCCACAGAAGCACAUUAAGCUGGGAGGAGCCACAGCUGCCGACAGCGACUCUGACGAUGAAGAGGCCAGCAAGCACCUGUUUGACAAUUUCAGCAAUCUGGAAAAGACUGUCAUGGAAAUCAAUGACGAAGAUGAGUAUGACCUGAGAAAGUUCAUGAAUCCGAAUCCUGCACAAAGGAGAACGUUAGCAGAUAUCAUCAGUGAGAAGCUGGCAGAGAAGAAGACUGCUAUGACAGAGAUGAUGAGUGAUGCUCCAGUUGAGGAAGAAAUCGAUGAGACAGUCAGAGAACAUUUCAUAAAAAUUGGAGAAGUGCUGUCACAUUAUAGAAGUGGAAAACUGCCCAAAGGUUUUAAAGCAAUUCCAAGUUUUCCAAACUGGCAACAGCUUGUUGAAUUGACAAGGCCUGAGAACUGGACAGCAGCCUCCAUCUAUGCAGCAACAAGGAUUUUUGUCUCAAAUCUCCCGAAGUAUCAUUUCAAAGACUUUUGUUCAUUAAUCCUCCUGCCCCGAUUGAGAGAUGACAUUAUUGAAUACAAACGCCUGAACUUUCACCUCUUUCAGGCACUGCACAAAGGCAUAUACAAACCAGGAGAUUUUUAUGAAGGAAUUGUUCUUCCCUUGUGUGAGGCAGGGGACUGUACUCUCAGAGAAGCUACAAUUGUUGCAGGAGUUGUUGCCCAGUCAUCCAUCCCUGUAGGCUACUCAGCUGCAGCCUUGAUUCUCAUAUCCAGGAUGGAUUAUAAUGGAGCUAACAGUAUCUUCAUGAGGGCAAUCAUCAACAAGAAAUACUCUUUGCCCUUGUCUGCUAUUGAUGCUGUAGUUGAACAUUUUAUGAGAUUCAUUGACAAAAGAGAGCAGAUGCCAGUGUUAUGGUUUCAAUGCUUGUUGAGUCUGGUGCAACGCUACAAGCAUGACUUGACCAAACAGCAGAAGUCACAGCUUUUAAAAUUGAUUUCAGCUCAUGAACAUCAUGAUAUUUGUCCUGAGAUCAGACGUGAGAUAACACAGAGCAAGCGGAGUAGGGGUGAUCCAGAAGUAGAUGAUGAGAAUAUGGCUGUGUAA